UGUCACUCAGACCAGGUUCCUGAGAUUUCUCCUACAGGCAGCUCUCCCUGCCUCUUCUGGUCCCUCUCUCUCUGGUCAGUCAGUGGUCUUUUUCUUGUGUUUACCUUCUUUUGAUUUAUCAUGCUUUUUACCUGUUUUUUUUCCCCCACAUUGAACUAAGAGACCCUGGGAAGACAACUUUUAAUGUGAGACUUCUGCUUGGCAGUCUGUAUAGCACGCAUUAAAUUUUUUAAAUAUUUGUGAAAUAAUGAAAGAAGGGAAGCCAUGACUUUUUUAUGUUGUGACUUACAGUCAGGAAUAAUCUCUCCUUCUUUGUGCAUUCAUGGACAUUUCCUGUGGCCCUCUCAUCCAAACAUUUUGCCAUCACUAAUUUGCAAGAACAACCAAGACUGGUCUGGGCAGUCAAUUCUGGAAUAAAAACAGCCAGUGACUGAGCAUCAGGCAAUCCUAGGUCCUGACCAGUUUGGAGACUUGGGCAAAUUCAAGAUGACUGACUUCUUCAUCUGUAAAACAUGGGGAUGACAUUUACUGCACAGUGGUAUCACUGAGACUCAAUAAAAUAGCUCUUGUAAGCUGGCUAGCCCAUAGCAAGUGUUACAUUUUGAGUUCCCGUCUUUGGGAGACUCCAUGGCAGGACAGAGCUAAAUACUUGCAGAGUCCAGCUCUGCUGUUUAUUAGCUGUGUUAUCUUAUGAUGCUCAGAAGCCUCAUUUGGAGCAUGGACAAAAACACAAUUGUCCUUAUGGGGCACUAUUUUAUCAUCCCUAAUGCUAUCCCUAAUGUUAUUACUAAAGGUCGCAUGAUUUUAGCUAUACUAAAAUUUUGUCGCAUGUUCUGAAAACAGUCUUGAAUUAUCUAUAGAUUAUCAUUUGUAUGGAAGUUCCCUUUUAGUCCGUUUUCUACACAGUCACUGUAACCAGUGAGCUGAGUUCCUUAGUUCUGCAGGUCAGUCCCCCAACCCCCAGUGGUAUAUACCCAGGUGGCUAUCCUUCAUUAACAUGUAUAUACAUUCUGAGCACAUGCUUUCCCUGUGUAACCUGAGCACUGUCCACCUCAGGGGCUCUUUGGAUCCACCUCCUCUCUGCCUCAGCUAGGUAGUCUUUUCAGAUUGUCUUGCCCAGGAUGUUCAGAGAGGCCACAGCCUUGGCCUGUCAUGCUGCAAAAGGACAAAAUGGACUCAGCGUUGUGAAAGUUGAAGAAGAAAAUGUUUGGAGGCAGGACUUCAGUCUUCAGGGAAACCUCCAGAGCCAGGAGGUUUUCCGCCAGCAGUUCAGACAGUUUGGCUACUCUGACUUCACUGGGCCCCGGGAGGCUCUGAACCAACUGCAGAAGCUCUGCCAGCAGUGGCUGAGGCCAGAGGAGCAUUCCAAGGAGCAGAUCGUGGAGCUGCUGGUGCUGGAGCAGUUUGUGGCCAUCCUGCCUGUGGAGCUGCAGGCCUGGGUGCAAGAGCACAGACCUGGAAACGGAGAGGAGGCUGUUACUCUGCUGGAGGAGCUGGAGAGAGAAUUUGAUGAACCUAAACAACAGGACACAGCUCAUGGCCAUGAAGUGAUCUGCAAAGAAAUGACACUCAUGGGAACACAGAAGUCUCCAAGUAGCCCACUGCAGUCCCUGGAGAACCAUUGCAGGAGUGAACCCCAGGAGCCCCGGGUUUUCCAGGAGCGAGAUGAGGCAACCCUACCAUUUAGGGUUGAGGAAGGAGAUAGCAAGAUGGUGGCUGACAAAGUAUUGACAGCAAAGCAAGAAAUUGUUGAAUGUGUUCCAGCAGUGGCCAUGGCAUCUCCAGGAAGACUUCCUAGGGCAGCUUCUCCAGUACAGACAGCUGAAGAAACUCUGCGCUGUCUGGACAUCAAUGAGAAGCAAAGAGGAAGUGAUACAAGCAACGAAACGAGUCCACUUUCCUCCCAGGAAAGCUAUCUCAGUCUGGCAGCCUUUACCAAGAAACCCUCCACAGAACAGAACACCUUGGAGUGUAAUGAAGGGGAAGGACUUCUCAGUCUAAACUUACAUGGUACUACACAGCCCAGAACUCCCACAGGGAAACUGCUCUAUGAAUGCUUGGAUUGUGGGAAAGCUUUCUGCCAUAGGUCAAAGCUGAUUAGACAUCAAAGAAGUCACACUGGAGAGAGACCUUACGCAUGUAAAGAAUGUGGAAAAGCCUUUGGUUUCAGAACAGAUCUUGUUAGACAUCAGAGAAUUCACAGUGGUGAAAAACCCUACAAAUGUUCUGACUGUGGAAAAGCUUUCAGGGGCAGCUCAGGGCUUAUUAGGCAUAGGAGAAUUCAUACUGGAGAGAAACCUUAUGGUUGUGAUGAAUGUGGGAAAGCCUUCAGCCAGAGCUCUACUCUUAUUCAGCAUAAGAAGAUUCACAGUGGAGACAAAGGCUAUGAAUGUACUGAAUGUGGUAAGGCUUUUAGAAGAAGUUCUGUUCUUAUGGAACAUCAAAGAAUCCAUACUGGCGAGAAACCUUAUGAAUGUAAUGAAUGUGAAAAAUCCUUUAAUCAAAGCUCAGCACUCACCCAGCACCAGAGAACCCACUCUGGGGAAAAACCUUAUGGAUGUUAUGAAUGUAGGAAAAUAUUUAGGCACAGGUCAGGCCUUAUGCAGCAUCAGAGAACACACACCAGAGUUCAACUCUGUGGGUAAGAGUUGUGUUAUUGUGAAAUGCAGGGAAUUCACUUUGAAGGUUAGACUCCACAAAAAAAUAGAAGUUUCCUGACUGCAGGACUUUUGUCUUUCUAGCCCAGUUCAGUUCUGUAAAGAAAUUCACACAAAAAUGCUUCUAUAUUUAGAUCUUGUCUAUGAAGAAUGGUAAAAAGACUGACCCAUUUCUGAAUGAGGACUCACACCAAUCUGCUCUUCAUCCCAUUCCUCACUACAGAUGAACUGUCUUUGAGCACCUUCAUGUAAGUCCAUGACUGAGACACAGAUCCUGCAAGAUCUCCUUGUAAGGUGGCAAAGAUCACUGUUCAGCAAAGUGUUUGUGUCUGACGGGAGUAGGCAUGUUUUAAGAGUUACUGAACUCUGAAAUGUUGAAUUGAGGCUAUGAAAUGUCAUGUCCUGAAUCAGUUUAAUAUCUGAGGGAUGGAAGCUCAUUCUGCCCCCUUGCCAGUUCUUUCCACCCUGAGUUUCCUGUUGCAGUGUGCACCCUUAUUUGGUACCCCCUGGGCUUAGCUACUGGAAGAACAGACUUGCUCACUGCACUCUCAAAAUAAAGGGCUAAUGGAAUAUACAGAUUUAUUAGACAAGUUAUUAUGGUAAGAGUGUGCCAAUAAUUGCCAGAUAAAUUCAGUGUUCUGUUGGAAGACAUUUCAGAGAUGCUUUACCUGAUCUACGAGGUAACUAAAGAUUUCCUGGGUGUGAUAUCUCAUUUGAGACCUAAGAUACAGAAAUUGCCUGGCUAUUGGCAGAACAGAAGCAGAGUUUUUCAUACAUACAUGGCAUGAUGAGAAGAGAGGGUCUGGAGACAUUCCUGUUUCUUGACUUCAAUUCCUGCUGAAGUUUUCUUUGACCCCAGUUCAGAAGCCAGGUGGGUUUCUUUUCCUGUUUGUAAUAGCCUGAGUUGGACACCUUGUUUUAGGUCACAAGACCUGUAUGAUCUAGAUGUAUUCAGAAUUAGCAUGGUAAUAGAAAACCCUGGUGUUUGGAAAGUCAUACAUGUACACCAAGGAAACAGCAUAAAUUGGAAGCUGAAGGACACUGAGGUCUGGAGUCUCCCUCAGCAUUGGGUUUGCAGAUGAUAAGCCACUUGAGGGAAGUACAUAUGAAUCAAUCUUUCAGACUCUACAAAAACUUCCUUGAUUUUAAUGUGGCAGUUUUAGUUAACCCACAAUUGCUGAAGGUAAUUUUUACUUAGGAAAAUGCAGAAUUGGCGAUAGCUAUUGUGAAUAGGGGAGGUAGGACUGGAUGUGGUUUUCGCUUCCAAAGGUUGUACAAUUAUCAUUUAAGCUCUAAUUUAAAGGGAUAAUUCAAAUGGACAGUGAAUUGCCUUUUCUUAUAGAUGACAAGUGAAUGAAUCAAUGUUUUAAAUAUCAUUUAACCCUUCUUCUAAUUGUGAGUAUUGAGAGGUAUAAAUCAAUAGUCCUAUUACCCAUAGCAAAACUAACUUCUGAACUACUUCCUAUUAGUGUUUUUCUGUAAUCCUAAUAUUUUUGGUAAAAAUCUUUUUGCUAAUUUUAAUAUUUAUAUCUUCAAUAUGCACUCCAGUUGCUUAGUAUCAGUAUGUAAUGGAAUGUAUUGUAAUAAAACUGAAAUUUUAAAGUUUUGCUUUUAAAUCAUUCAGGUAAAGGAAUACAACAUGAGUGGAGUUGGGCUGGAGGGUGGGAAGAGUGUGGAAAAAAGGUAGGUAGCACACUUCGUUUCUAGUUCCUGGGUUAAAUGAACAGCACCAGGAAGCUAUGACAGCCAGACUUUUAAGGCUGAGUUGCUGGAGCAUUGGAAUGAAAGUAAGAACCUUUUAAAUUCCUACAUAUACUAAAUCCACCAAGAUAUCCUCCCUCCUCAAUCCUAAGUGCUGAGAAAGACCUUGGGAAUGACUACUUUUAAAUUAUGUGCAUGUGAAUGCAAAUACCUAGAGGCCAGAAGAGGGCACUGGGUCCCCCUGAAGUGGAGCUACAGGGAGUAAAUCACUCAAUGUGGUUGCUGGGAAUGGAACUCUGGUCCCAUACAAAAGCAGUAUCUGCUCUGAGCCAUCUCUCUAGUCCCAUGUUUUGAGUAAUUUUGAGACAGGGUUUCAUAUAAAGCCUAGGCUGGCCCAAGAGAUGGGACUUUCCUCUUCAGUUGUUCACAAACAGAAGUAGGUUAUUGGGUCACUGUCAAAUGACUGAAAGACUCAGUCCUCUCUCAGUGUUAGUUGCAGGCUGUGGAAAUGAGGGAGAAAGAAAGGUAUGAAGCUGAUUUAAGACCCAUGCGAGGCAAGCACUGCUUCAGACUGCCACUGGAGCAAGAGGAAGAAAAGCACAGAGCAGAGAAGGACAUUAGUUAUUCCUCUCCGAAAAGGCUGUUGAAACUGACCAUAAGAUCAUCUUCAGCUCCUUUAACGUGAGCCGAUAGCUGUGAGCUAACAACUUGUUUACACCUGCUGAAUUCAUGGAAAAGCACUCAUGACAGAAGUUCUCAGCCACAAAUCUUCAUGCAGUUCACUUGCACAGGAAUUUAGAAUUUGAAGGGGAUUCUUCUAAAACUAUAAAGUAGGUAUGUCUGCAUUGAUUUCAUCAACAAUGAAAGACUAGAGUUAAGUUAGUUAAGACUUGAGACAGGGAUGUCCUAGAAGGCAAGGGCUUAUUUCCACACCUAUUUUGGGCCUUUGUUCACUACCUGCUCUGUCUAGGGCUGGGGAACCUAGGGAUUAAGCUUGAGCCUUAAACAUGGUAAACUUAUGCUUUACAACUGAACUAUAUUCUCCUGCCCCUUCCUCUACAAACAGUAUUAGAUUUUGCAGUAAAACUUGAAAUACAAAAACAGCACACUACCUGUAACUUCAUCACCCAGGAGUAACCAGUAUAACAUCUUGACAUUGUGUAUUUCCAUUAUUUUUAAUGCAUAAUGUUUUACACAGGAUCAUGUUGUAUAUAUUGUAUAUUUAAUAUAUCAUGAAUGUUUAACAUGUUUUAACAGCUUGUAAGGAUGCAUAUUCAUGGUUUCUUACGUGUAUUUCUGGGUAGAAUGUCAAAGUCCAAGGCAGUGCUUAAGGCUUCUGGCCAGAGAUAUGUAUUCACAGACCGUUAGCAGCAAGAGAGUCCUAAUUUGCUCGAAUCCUUGUUAAUUUUAUAUGGAAAACAAAUACCACCUUCCCUCCUAUUCCAGUAUGACUAUAACUUGUAAGACUGGACAUAUAUGUAUUGUUCACUGACACAUCUGUGAUUUAAAUGGUAAUGGAACUUUUUCAUGAAUAGUAGUAAAGUGCUUCCAGAAUAGAA